GGUGGGCCAGCGGGCGCUCGGACGGCGGGCGUGGCAAAACCGCCUGCGCCCGAGCGCGCCGUGCCAGGAGGGAAGGAAGCCCUUCUCCCUCCCCUUGUUUCUGCAGGGAGCGGGGCUGGUAGGGUCGUGCCCGGCUCGCACAGGUGCCCAAGGCCGGCUCUGGUGGCUGGAGGGAGCUGCUGCUGCCCGGGGCAUGAGCCUGGAACGGGGCAGGAGGAUGCGCCGCGGCCGGUAGCAGCGGCCGGACCCCGUGCGUCGAAGCCCCCCAGGCGCAGGAGAAGCCGCGUCGCCACCAUGCACCAGGCCUUGACGCAGCCGCGCUCUAGCGCGAUCCCCCUCUCGGACUCCGUGGGGUCUUUCAAUAGAAGAAAAAGAAAUUCCCUCUACGUAACGGUGACUCUUCUCAUUGUGUCUCUGUUAAUUCUUACGGUUGGUCUCGCUGCUACGACAAGAACCCAAAAUGUGACUGUUGGAGGUUAUUACCCGGGGGUUAUUCUUGGUUUCGGGUCAUUUCUUGGAAUUAUUGGAUCGAAUCUGAUAGAAAAUAAAAGGCAAAUGCUGGUUGCUUCAAUAGUGUUCAUCAGUUUUGGCGUCAUCGCUGCCUUCUGCUGCGCCAUUGUGGAUGGUGUGUUCGCUGCCCGGCACAUAGAUCUCAGGCCCCUCUAUGCCGGACGUUGUCACUAUUUUUCUAAAAGUACAGCUCAGCCAGAGGCAAUCUGCCCCUCCCAGCACCACUGCGUGCCUAAGAUCAAAAGCAACACUUGCUUCUGCUGCGACCUCUUCAACUGUGGGAGCAGAGUGGAGAUUUCGGGCGGAUAUUAUGAGUACAUUGAUGUCAGCAGCUGCCAAGAUAUUAUCCACCUUUACCAUCUGCUCUGGUCGGCAACCAUAUUGAACAUCGUGGGGUUGUUUCUAGGGAUCAUCACUGCUGCAGUCCUGGGCGGCUUUAAAGAUAUGACACCCUCACUUCCUGCUCUAAACUGUACAGUUGAAAAUGCGCGGCCAGCUGUAUCUUAUUACUCAAGACCCCAGGUGACAUCGUAUAAUACAUACUACCACAGCACGCCUCACCUGCCACCAUAUUCGACGUAUGACUUCCAGCAUUCCAGCGUAUUCCCGGUCUCCACUCCUGGCCUUUCAGACGAUCCUCCAUCGUUGUUGCCAUCACCGAACUACGUGUGGUCUCCCACCGCUCCUCCUCGUUACUCUCCACCGUAUUUCCCACCUUUUGAAAAGCCGCCACCGUACACACCGUGAAGGGAGAACAGGCAGAAACGGUGCUACUGGAACUAAUUGUGAACCUUUUGUACUGGGGAGGGAGAGAGGGCACACUUAUUAUGUAGCAUAUAUAGACAUUUAAAAUAGGGGAACCUAGCUACACACUCUCUUAGUAGCUCAGGCCUAGGCCAGAUUGAUGCUCAUUAAUUAUCAGGAGGGAGAAGUGGGAAGUCCUGCACUGAGCACCUUGUUUUGUUUUGUUCUUUCAAAUACAUCUUGAUUUCUGGCUGCUAUCAACUUCUAAGAAAGACAUUGCUUCGAGGGCUUGCCAAGCUGUAUCCCUAUCUCGCUUUGAGCAAAUUGCUUGCUAAAAGUGGUGCAUAUGGCUAAUCUGGGCCUAUAGUUGCCUUAGCCUGCCCUGCUUUUCCAAAAGGUGCUUAUAAAGGGUAUUCCUAAUUUCCUUUUGUUCUCUGUGGCAAAACUGCUGGGUUGAGUAAAAUGUACCUGGCCCUGAAGAUUGAAAGGAAGAGUCAAAGAGCUUGAACAUGUAAAAAGAAUUCUCUAAAUGGGUGGGGGUGGAAAAAUAUUCUGUGGUAUAUGGAGCCUUAAUUCUGCACACUGAAAAUGGGCCUUUGAAGGGGAAUAGAGUAAGGGCAAGCUGUAUUUCAAGAUAGGUCUUCUUAUUUCUUGUGAGUACAUGUUUAUAUUGUCACCAAGUGUCACUUUAGUGCUGCUGUUUGCUGUGCAAAUAGCAUUGUACUGACACCUAGUGACAGACUAUAAGCAUUACAGCACAGUAGAAAAAUAACGCUUGCUUCAUACAGAACUUUUCCUUUACAUAUGUAGGAGAAAUGCCAUAUAUAAACUGGCCUUUAUUUUCCUAUUUAGAUUUUUAAAAGGUAACAGGUGCCAUACAAAAUACUUUUAUGUUCUUUUUUGUAAUACAAAAGCCACACAGUUUGGCUGGAUAGUGUUUUCCUCUCCUUCCCUGUAAAAGGGUGGAGACGAUAUUUUUUUUCUGUUCAAGAGGAUGCUAAAUAAGUUCUUUAGCAACUGCAUGCAUCAAAUGUCCACCCUCUGUUCCAACAUAAGCCGUAUUGGGGCAAACACCUUGCUUGUAAACAAACACAUGAGGAGAAGCGGGGUGUGCCAAACCCCACCCCUUACAACUUGUCAUCCAGACACAGUUUAAAACCCUUCACAAUUCUGAGAGCAAAGGCCUGAAGUGGGAAGCUUUCUCUACUCAUGGAGGCUUCCCAUACAGUUUAGAACCCUGCUCAAUCAGGGGUUUUAAACUGUGUGGGCAGCUUCCGCAGGUAGAGGAAGCUCCCCACUGUGCCUUCAAAUUAAUGGAAGAAUCUAAACCGUGUAGAGAUGAUAUUGCAGAGGGGUAUUCCCCCCUGUUCACCUCACAUACAGGUUUACACAUGAGAAUAUUGCAUCCACUGAUUGAUCCACCAUCAGAGGCAACAUGCUUCUGAAUUCCAGUUGCUGGAAACCUCGGGAGAGGAGAGUGCUGUUGCGCUCAGCCCUGCUUGUGGGCUUCCCGUAGGCAUCUGGUUGGCCACUUUGAGAACAGGACUAGAUGAGCCACUGGAAUGAUCCAGCAGGCUUUUCUUGUAUUCUUAAGAUUACAGGCAUUCAGUUUAACCAUUUUGGGACUCUCGGUUGACAGGAAACGGAAACUGACAUUUACUGCCCAAACGGUGCCCUUAAAAUUGGCUGCAUGCAUACAUUCUUCAUAGGCUUAUGUAGUCAGCUUUCUAUGACGCACCACUCAGCAUGCAGAAUCCUCUGCUGGUUCAAAUCUUAGGAAACUUGAAGUCCCAUUCGCACUUUAUUUGGCAGCCUCUUGGGCAUCUUAUUAGUGAUGCUGUCGAUGCUUGAAGCAGAUGUGUGUAUAUGGAAUUGCAAGACUCCCCCCCCCCAUGGCUCCAUAGUGACUGUCCACUGUGUCUUGAUACAGAUUUCUUAACUCAGUCAUUUGGGUAGGCCACAGGGGGGAGGUGGGGGAGAGAGAGAGAGGUUUCCUAUAAUGAUUUAUUACAAAGAGCCGAUUCUGCUGCCAAAUGACCCGUCAAGCCUAUACAAAAGAAGAGAAUUUGCCCUGCAAAAAAUUUUUAAAAACCAAACAACACUGUCAUUAAACUGUUAUUUUAAAACAGAAUACAAUCUGGCUUUCAGCAUUUACAGCUCUAGCAAUUUGGAAAAUUGUCUCAUAUGUGUGGCCAGUUUCGUCAAUUGGACAAUGAAUAGAACUGGCAUUGCAUACAGCAAUGGAGAUUGUAGACCGAGGCCAGCAGCCUAACCUAUUUCAUGGCCUUUGGGAGGAAAGCAUGUGAAAGAGCUUUUACUGCAACAUUUUCUUGAAUCCUUAAGAUAGGGUCAGAAAAAAAAUCUAAAACAAAUGGGGGAACUCUAACCCGUGUAGUACCAUUGCAUUUUAACCUACUGCUUUCAAUUUGGUUCCUAUACAAAAUGUUUUGUGAGAGUUGAAAAGCCUGUAUCAUGCAAUUGGUUUAUAACUAAUCCAAUCUGUUUGUUUAAGCUGAAAUAGGUGGAUACAUGUAUCUAUGAGCAAGUUCUAGCAGUUAUCCCUUAUAUAGCUUAAAAUGUUUGUCAUAUGUUAGGCAAUAUAUACCGACAGUAGACUGGCUGGCUGGCUCAGAGCAGAUUUAAGCACACAAGCUCACUGUUAUCAGUUGGCUUCACUUAAUUCUAUGUUGUUGUCAUUCAUGGGGAAGGAGGGAUGUGGAAAGAGCUGUGCAAAAAUACUUACAGGACAGAUGUUCUCAUAAUUCACUGACCCUUAUUUGCUUGGAAGUCUUAGAAUGCUUUAUUUACACCAGGAUUGGUUUGCAAGUAAAAAAGCUGGCACUGAGUAUAGUGGGGCUGUGCCUCUUUGCCCUUGUGGAUCAGCCUCCACGGGUUCCACACUGGUUGGUCCAACAGGAUGAUCAGAUUUUGGAACACCAAGAACCAAUAUUAAGGGGCUGCAGUUUGGUGGCCGUGGCCGUGCUUUGCUUGCAGAAGGUCUUCGGCUCAACUCCUGGCAUCUCCAGUUAAAUGGCCCAGGUGGCAGGUGAUGGGAAAGAACUUCCUCUGCCCAAGACCUUGGAGAGCCACUUCCAGUCAGAGUAGACAGUACUGGGCUUGAUGGAGAAAUGAACCUGGUCUAAGGCAGCUUCCUAUGAUAACAAUUGAGCUUAACUGGUUACUUAACUACACACUUUUAUUUCCAGUGAGACAGAAAUUCUUCUAUAGGGGAAUAACAGAUAAGUCUCUAUCUUGCAGGCCAGCCUCAUUGCGUAAAGCUUGGUCUGAAGACCUGUGUAAGGACAUUGUGAUAGCCUGGAUCUUCUCUUUAAAGCUGUGCCAUUAACACCACUACUCCUGACAUCACACCAAGGCUGCAAUCCUGUAUCUACUUACCUCACAGUAACCCCAAUCUAAUGCAGUGAGAUUUACUUCUGAGUAGGGAUGGAUGAGAAAUUUGGUUCAGUUCACAUUUAAAGGAGAACUUACUAAUCUGCACUUUCCAAAACAAUAUGAGAACCAAAACACAGCGGUCCUUCAAAAUCCACUUCUCUAAAUUUUGUAAUGCAGGUCUCCAGCCAAGUAAUGUGUACAAAAACACAUGUAUUGGGGUAAUGUGCAUCAAAAUGCAAAUACUAGUGAAAAUGGUGCAAAAAAUUCAUUAUAUUAGAGACAGUUGCUUGCAAAAUUGUGUAUAUUAGUCCAAAUGGUAUACAAAAAUGUAUUUAUUUGGAGAAAUUCACACUAAAAUGCCGAUAGAUGUUCAUGUUUAUUUUAGCUAAAAUCUGCAAAUUGCUGUGGAAAUGUGGAGAUCUGAAUUUAAGGUUGGAAAAGUAAGAAACAGAGUGAACAGAAAUUGACAGAUUUGUCCAUCCCUACUUGCAAGUAGCCAUGGAUAGGCAUGUGCUUUAAAAAUGCUUCAUUGCCUUAAGACCCAGCAUGUUCAUCAUGUGCAGCUAUUUUAAAAAGCUUUCAUUCAGGGGUGAGGAACCUGUGACCUUCCAGAUGAUGUUGGAUUCUAAAUCCCACCUAACCCAGCCAGCCUAGCCAAUUGUCAAGGAUACUGAAAGUUGGAGUCCAGUAACAUCUGGAGGGCCACAGGUCCCGCAGCCCCACUUCUAGUUCAUUAGUCAUUAUAUAAAACAGGCAUAAUUCACCUGAAUGGCCUCCUGUGUUAGCCCAAUAUUUGCCCAAAUAUUCUUGUGGUGUUCUCAUUGCUUAUUCACAUCAGUGGGGCUUUACUCAAAGAGGUUUAAAGUUUCAUUUUGAAAGCAACUUUAGUAGAGCAUCCUUCCCUAUGUCCACUUUUUCUCCGGAAUAUCCUAGGACAACAGUUUUGGGGGCGGGUGGGAGGGAUUUUAAUCUCUGUGCUAAAAUUUCAUGAUGUUAACUUCAUUUGUAUAGCGAUUACUGCUCUCUUGAUCUGUAAAUAUAUAAAAGGAUGCUCUCUAACACAAUGGCCUCUUUCAGAUCAAGCAGUGCACUUAGAUUUCAUUGCCACUGAGUGCCAAAGACUUGGCACAAAUGGAAUGGUUACGAAACAGCAUCCUUGUUGCUUUUUAGUCUCUUUUUUUUUUUUUUUAAUGAAGAAAGUAGAAAUUAUCUCCACCUCAACAGCCAGUUUGGGAUUUUUUUGGCUUUGAUAUAAGUGCAUUCACCUGUAAAUGUAAACAGAGGUCACAGGCACUGUAUUAUCAAAUCCAUUUCUUGUGUGAAUGUAGUGCAUAUAUGAUUCAUGUACCCUCGGAAUAAUUUAUAAAACUAAAAUAAAAGU